UCUUUCCAAUUCUUGCUGUGAAAAUGACUAAGUAAAAGCUUCUUGGAAUCAUUGUUUCAGAUAAAGAAGGGAUCACCCUGGCAUUGAAAUUGGGGGAUUUUAGUGGGUUAGUGAUGAAAUACGAACUUGUCGGCAAUUUCACAUGGACCCACAUUCAAUAAUGCCCUAAACAAAUCCUCUUCUCUUCAUUCCAUACGCUUCAUUCACUGUCCCAUGUGCUACCUCCGUCGAUAUCUGCUGGCACACAUUCAUUCUAUUCGUGUUAUCUUUUUCUUCUUCUCUCUCUCUGUUUCAAACCCUCCAUGUGGAAAUUGCAGCACAUAACGAGCGAUUUACUGUUUGGAGGAGGCUUCAAUCCAAUGAAUGAACUGUUGAAGCUAUGAAUCUAUGACCCAUUUGUAAAAUUAUCUUUCUCUUUCUUUGUUCUUUAGCUUUCCAUGGAUCCUCGCACUCGUUUGAAUCAUGCUCUGUUUCAGCUCACUCCCACUAGAACCAGAUGUGAACUGGUUAUCUCAGCUAAUGGUGGUGCUACUGAGAAACUGGCAUCUGGGCUUCUUCAGCCAUUUAUCUCCCACCUCAAAUGUGCUCGAGAUCAGAUUUCUAAAGGGGGUUACUCCAUUACUCUUCGCCCUAUUGCAGGAUCAAACGCUUCUUGGUUCACUAAGGGCACUCUUCAGAGAUUUGUGAGAUUUGUAAGCACACCAGAGGUUCUUGAGAGAUUUGUUACCAUAGAAAAGGAGAUUGUGCAGAUCGAGAAUUCUAUGUCCACAGAUGCUGAAGAAAACGCAACAGUUGCUGAUUGGAACUCGAAACGAUCGAGCCCAACGCAGCGGGUGAAGGGCGAUUUGGAUGAUAUUAACGACGAUGCUACAUUGAAGGACAAUCCCAAGAUCCGUCUUCAACGUGUUUUAGAAACUCGAAAGGCUGUGCUACACAAAGAUCAAGCAAUGGCUUAUGCUCGUGCUUCGGCUGCGGGAUAUGAGAUGGAUUAUAUUGAGGAUCUUAUAGCUUUUGCUGAGGCUUUUGGAGCUUCACGUUUGAGGGAAGCAUGUAUAAAUUUUAUGGACUUAUGCAAGCGAAAGAACGAAGACAAGCUCUGGAUAGAUGAAAUAGCAGCUAUGCAGGCGUUCUCUCAGCCAGCAUUUUCGUACUCAGAAACUUCUGGUAUCGUACUAGCUGGUGAAGAGAACGAAUCUAACGUCAAUGCUCAUGUAUCAAAAUCUGAUUCGUCAGCAAGUCAAGGAAGUUCAGAGAACAAUCAAGAUGGUAGCCUUCCGAAAUCAGCACAGAUGUCGAUGAAUGGGAAAGCUCAAGUGCCAACGACGUGGCCUAAUCAUCCUCAAUAUAUGCACAACUUUCAAGGUCCAUUAUAUCCUCCAUAUCAAGGAUAUCUUUUCCCCGGAAUGCAGAUGCCGCCGCCGUAUUACCCAGGGAAUAUGCAGUGGCCAUCAAAUGCCGAGGACUUGAGUCUUGCUUCCGACCGAGAGCCUGGCGGUCAUAGGAGUUCUAAAUCUCGUAGGAGCAAGAAGAAACAUUCACAUAAGGAGAGAACUUCAGAACAAGAAGCAACUACAGAGUCUGGUGAAUCCAGUGUCGACAGUGAAUCGGACGAACAAUCUUCAGAUGAUAAAGAGCAAUACUCAACGGAAAAGAUACGUAAGAAAAAGCAUGGCAAGAAAUCUUCAAGAACGGUCGUUAUACGUAAUAUUAACUACAUAACGUCAAAGAGGAAUGGCGAAAAGGGUAGCCACUCAGAGGAUGAUUCAUCCGACGAGGGUGAGUUUAUUGAUGGCGAUUCCAUCAAACAGCAGGUAGAGGAAGCUGUUGGGACGUUGGAGAGAAGACAUAAGUCAACCGGUCGACACCAAAAGAAACAAAAUGGCUAUGACAAUGCAGAUGGCUUAAAUGAUUCUGCAGAACGGGAGACUAACGGUAUAUCGAACAAUUCAGAGGGAGAAAAGAUCAGUAGCCCAUGGGAUGCUUUCCAGAAUCUUCUUAUGAGCGAAAGGGAGCCGGAAAAGUCUCGUGAAUUUCCCUCUGUUCAGGAUCAAGACGGUCACGAGGGGAGGUCACCUAUGCUAAACUUAGAAUCAGAGAGAGCACCGAGACAACGUGAAGUUUCGAGUGAUUCUUUCGUCGUGACAGACAGGAGUUCGGGUAAUGAAGGGAGAACACAUAUCGAAAAUUUUGAAGCUGGUUAUGUUGCCAACCCAAUUAAUAGAAGGAGAGAAAGCACAUAUGAAGAGUUAUUGUAUUCACAAAGAGGUGGAGAAUCAGGGAGCUAUGUGCAUUCCACUGCGUCCGAUUUCACCAAUGUGUCGUCCAGAAUGAAAACGCAAACAGAAGGCGAUUGGUUCGUCAGCAAUCCGACUAAUAAAUCAGAAAAUCAGUGUCAAAACGUCUGUCCCAGAGUUUACGACACCGACUUCUCUUCAUCGGCUCAAGACCAUUUGUAUUCAGAGAAAAACAAGAAAGAUGUGUUGGCUGAUGACUCUUUCAUGAUUCAGCCUCGACCAUUAGUAGAUGACCAAUCCGACUUUCAAUCUAGACGAGACAUAAGCAUGGUGUCGGACAUUGUUGGGGAUGCCGAAAAUGAGUAUGUCAAACAAGAAACCUCAAGAGACGAAAAGCCUGCAACUCUCGGUGUCAGUGAACCGGAUGACCUUUACAUGAUGCUUGAUCGUGAUAUAGCUACAGAGCCCACGGUAGCAUCUUGGAGCCCAGAAAUGGACUACGAAAAUAAUUUUUCAACCAUAGCGAAGAGUAAGCACAGUGAUAUCGAAGCCGAUGACGGUGGGGACAAGAGUAAUAAAAAUAAAGAAUCUGGGGGCAAAGUUCCAAGUAAAGAAGCCAGAUCCAAAUCCUUGGGAGGACCUCUAGCUAAGGGAAAAUAUGACGUUCAAUCACGAACACGAAAACCGCUUUCUGGAAGCAGAACUACCGUCCCGAAGAGCAAAUUCGAGAAGGAAGAAGAGACGAGAAAGAGAAUGGAAGAGUUGGCGAUUCAACGCCAGAAACGAAUUGCUGAAAGGAGUUCUAAGCCUGGUGUAACCAAGAUUGAGAAGCAAAAAAGCCAAUCCCUGGUCCAAGAAGCCAAGAAGUCACCUAAGCCUGUACUUAGGAGUUCGACGAUAGAUCGACUUGCAACGGCUCGUACACCUCAGAAGGUAUCUGCAACUCAAUCACCAUCGAGUCAACCAAAAAAGCCGACCUCGAGAGCGAAUGGCAUUACCUCAUCAGAAAAGUUCCCUAAAUCUGACAACAACAAUGGAUGGCAAGGAAGACGUAGUAGCAUUGCCAGCUGAGUCGGCAGUACCGAACGCAACUCAACCAAUCGAGAACGUCAUCGAUGAUAUCAAAGUUAUCGAGGAGAUAAUACGUGAGUGAUGACUGAGAUGAAGAAAAUAGGAUGAUUCUUAUACUUAAUAAGGCCAUGGAUGAUCCUGCCAUGUUUGUAUUUUGUGUUGUAAUUUAUAUUGUUUCAUUUUUUUGCUAUUGGAUUUGUAAAAAGUGAUGUUUUCUCUCUUUUUUUUUUUUUUGUUUAUUCUGUUUGUAUAAUUUUAUUUAUGUUCAUAGUUAUGUUUUUAA